CCCUCCAGUUCCGCCCCACCCGCACUUCUCCGGAGCUCGGUCAGUAAGGAGCACCAUGUCCGGAGAGCUGCAGUCCCUGGAGCAUGUGCUGGAGAAACGCAUUCCUGCCCCGGAGCUGCCGGAGGUGUGGAGGCUGCUGUACGGGAGGGAGCUGAGAUCUUUAGAGCUCCCCGGUCGUGCUGUGGAUUCUGCCUCACAUCACAGAUUUGAGUUAAAGGGAUAUGCGUUUGAUGCUGCGAGUGAACAACUCCGAAAGCCUCGGGUAGUCCGAGUGGGAUUAAUCCAGAAUAAAAUCCAGCUGCCAACUACAAGUCCGGUGGCAGAGCAGGUGAAUGCCAUUCACAGGCGCAUUGCAGACAUUGUGGAAGUAGCGGCUCUGUGUGAUGUGAAUAUUAUAUGUUUUCAGGAGGCAUGGACGAUGCCUUUUGCUUUCUGUACAAGAGAGCGAUUGCCAUGGACAGAGUUUGCAGAAUCGGCUGAAAAUGGAGUCACUACUAAGUUCUGCCAGGAGCUUGCAAAGAAGUAUAACAUGGUAAUUGUAUCUCCAAUCUUGGAGAGGGAUGAGUUGCACGGAGAAACGCUGUGGAACACAGCUGUGGUCAUAUCAAAUACAGGAGCUGUCCUUGGCAAGAGCCGCAAAAACCACAUCCCAAGGGUGGGAGAUUUCAAUGAGUCCACUUAUUACAUGGAGGGGAACACAGGACACAGAGUGUUUCAAACUGCAUAUGGAAAGAUUGCUGUGAACAUCUGCUAUGGACGACAUCAUCCCCUGAACUGGUUAAUGUAUAGUAUGAAUGGAGCAGAAAUUAUUUUCAACCCUUCAGCCACUGUUGGAGAGCUCAGUGAGUCUCUGUGGCCCAUAGAGGCAAGAAAUGCCGCCAUUGCCAAUCAUUGUUUUACCUGUCCCAUCAAUCGCGUGGGAAAUGAACACUUUGAAAAUGAGUUCACUUCCGGAGAUGGCAAGAAAGCCCAUAAUGACUUUGGCUACUUUUAUGGAUCUAGCUACGUAGCAGCUCCUGAUGGUAGUCGUACUCCUGGGCUAAGCAGGAUAUGCGAUGGCCUUCUGAUUGCCGAGAUGGACCUUAACCUUUGUCGACAAACUAACGAUAAGUGGAAUUUCAAGAUGACUGGACGCCAUGAAAUGUACGCUGCUGAACUGACUGAAGCUGUGAGACCAGAUUUCCAGCCUAACAUUAUACGGGAGUAAAGAACAGUGGCCUGUAGUCACACAAUACAUACAUCAUAAUAAAUGUGCCCACAGCGUA